AUGAAAAAUUCUUCUCUAGUUUUCAGUGAAAAGUUCAAUAAACAUUUUAUAGAAAAGAAAAAAAGAGAAGACAAUUUAAAUGAAGAAAAAAGAGAAAAAGAAAUUUUUUUUAAUAUCGACAAUUUCAAGGUUAAAAUUAAUGACGAGGGUAUUAAAGAUAUAAAUGUAAUUUUAGAAGAAAAAAAAAAAUAUAUUAGAAAUCAAAUAGGUUAUAAAAUGGAAGAUAAAAAAAAAGAUAAAGAAGUAAAUAAUAAUGAGAGUAAAAUAGAUAAUGAAAUAGAAUAUGAUGUUGAAAAUACAUUUUCAAAAAACAAUUGUAAUAAUGAAUAUGUAGACAAGAAAAAAAUUAAAAGAAGAAAUAUUGAAAAAGAAAACAGACUUGGUAAUAGUACAAUAAACAAAAAUGAAAAAGUUAAUGAUAAUAAAGAUUUACAUGAUAUAAUUAAUGAUCCUUUUAUAAAGAUAAAGAAAUUAAAGUUAAAACUUAGUACCAGAUAUUUAGGUAAAAAUGAAGAUUUAUCCUAUAAUAUUUUAAAAGAAUAUCACACAAUUAUAAAUAAUUGUAUCGAUGAAAUAAAGCGUGAAACAUUUAUUGAAUCAAACUUGCUAAAAAAAAAUGUAGAAACUUUGCUUAAUUUAAUAAAAAAUUAUAUUAAAGAAAUUGCUAAUUUUAAAUGGAAUGGAAAUGGAACAUAUCCAUUAAACAGCAGUACAAUGAAUGAUAACUAUGCAUUUUCUAUAAAAUAUUACGAAAAUAUAAUGAACGAUAAUAUAUAUGAUACUGUUAUGUUAUAUGAUAACAAUGUUAAUACUAUAGAAAAUACUAAAAAAAAUUUAGUUGAUGAAAUGAAAAAAAAUAUAGAAGAAAAAAAGCAUAAAACUAAGGAAAGAUGGAUAAUAAUCCAAAAUUUAUUUACUAAGUUAAACGAAAAUAUAAAAAUAUUCAUUUCCAAUUUUGAAAAAAAACAUGAAUCAUGCAUGAAAAUUAUAGAUAAUAAGACACAAGAAUUAGAAAAAAAAUUAAAAGAAAAAAUAUUUUUUAGUAAUAAUGAAUUGACCGAUAUUAUUAAUAAAGAAAUAAAAAAUAAUAAAUCUUUUUUUUUAGAAUUUUUAAAUUAUUUUAAUGAUUACAUAAUGAAGAUAUAUAACUAUGUUUAUAUGAAGUAUUCUGAAAGUGAGUCAAUUUUUUUUGAUAUAUUUAAUGAACACAAAUAUCAAGACAAUUUUUAUAUUUUUUCUAUGAUAAGUGAAAAUUACAUAAACAAUUUAUCAAAUGAUAAGGUUUUAAAUUGUUUAUUGAAACUAUUCGAGGAUAAUUAUGAUAGUACAUAUAAAAAAAGAACAGAGUUAAAAAAAGAAGAAUAUUUCUACAAUUUUUUUUUUUUAGAAAGUUAUCAUGAUUUUUACAGUUACUUAAAUAUAUAUUAUGAAGAAUAUAUUAAAAUAUACAAUGAAAUCAAAGUGAAAACAAUAUGCUACAGAGACAUUGUUAUUUAUAUUUUCUUUGAUAUUCAAAACUUUUUAACAAUAAUAAACUUUCGUGCAGAAAAAAAGAAUAAUAAAAAAGAAAAAAAUAAUAAAGAAGUAACAUAUAAAGUGGAAAACAAUAAAAAAAAAGAAAAAAAAAAGAAAAAUAUAACGAAUGAAAAGCAUAUUAUAUAUUCAUCUAAUUCUGAAACAAACUACAAAAAAAAAAAAAGCAAUAAUAUUCCUAAAACAGAAAAUGUAAACAGUGAUGAAAAUUAUUUUAAUUCUACAACACUAUUAGAUAAUUUGGAUUUAACAUUAGAACAUAAUAAUGAUAUAAAUAGAAUUGUGAAAAAUGAUUUUACGAAAGAGAAUAAAAAUAUAAAUAUAAAAAAUAGAGAAAAUAUCCUUCAUCUUAAUAAAAAUAUCUUUGAAAAAUCUAUAGAAAAUAUUUUAAAUUACUAUAAUAUAAUAAAUUUAAGAGAUGAUUUUCUUUUUUUGGCAUUUUUUGAAUUUUUAGAAAAAUUGAAAAAUGACACAUUGAUACUUCAUUCUGAAAUUGAAAAAAAGAUUAAAAAAAAUAUUUAUUAUUGUGAGAAAGAAAGUUGUUCUUUAAAAGAAAAUUUUCAUUUAGUUUUUAAUGAAUAUAAUGAAAAUGUUAAAAAAUGUUUAAGAUGUAAGGAUUAUAAUGAAUUACAUAAAUUACUAUUAAUUCAUGAUGAAAUAGUGAAAAAUUUAGAAUAUUUAAUAGAGAGUACAAAUGAAAAAAUAGAAAACAUAAAUGACAAGUUGUUAAUGGAAUUAAAAGAAUAUUCAUCCAAUUAUUUUUUUUCUAUAUUGAAAAAGUCCAAAAUAAUAGUAAGUGAUGAAGAAAGUAUAAUAAGUAAAAAAAAAACAAAAAAAAUGGAAUAUACUUGUAAUGAAAAAGAUAAUAGUAAAUUAAUAAAAGAAAAAGAAAAUGAUAAUAUCAGAAAAAAUAAUAAAGUAACAAAAGAAAAAAAGACAAAAAAAAUUGAAUAUGAAUAUAAAAAUAUCAAAGCAGGAGAUGAAAUAAAUGGAGAACAAGUUAAUUUGAAAAACAUUUGCGAUUAUAAUAAGGAGAAUGAAAUUAACAUAAUUAAUCAAAUUAUUAACAAAAAGUAUAAAUAUAUUUAUGAUAUAUCAAAUAUUAUUCUAUUAACAUAUCAUAAUUAUAAAUAUAACAUAAAAAACAUAUUAUAUAGUUGUAAUAACAAUAUAUCUUGCUAUAGUUAUUUAAAAAUUGGAAAAAAAAGAAAAACAAAAAAUGGAAAUGUAGAAAACUAUUACACAAAACAAAAAAAUACAAUAUUAAAAGAUAUAAAAUAUAUUAAAGAAAAAAUUUUUCAAAAUAUAAAACAAAAUAAAGAAAAUAAAAAUGAAAAACAAGAUAAUUAUAAAAUAAAUAGUAAUAUAUGUGAUAACAUAUUAUUAGGUAGUGCACUAAAUUAUGAUAAUAUAUUAUUCAAUUUAAAUAAUAUGCAUAACAGCUUUGAAAUAUUUAUAAACAAUUAUUAUGAGUAUUUCAAAAAUAAUUUAUUCGAAUUUCUCUUAAAAAUAAAAAUGAAUAUAGAAAGCCAAGAAUAUACAAAAUAUUUUAAAAGAAUAGAAAGUGAUAAAUAUAAGAAAGAAAUUAAAAUGAAUAAUGUUAAUAUAUAUGAAGUAAAAAUAUCUUUAGAGAAAAAGUUCUUAAAAAACAAAGAAAUAUAUAAUAAUUAUGCAAAAAAAUUAAAAGAAUACGUAAAUGAAUAUGAAAGUAUCAUGAAAGACAGUACCUUAGAAAAAAAUUUCAAAAGUAGUAUAAAAAAAGUAGAUAAAUUAUUUUUAGAAAAAAUUGAUAGUUGUGAAGAUUUUAAUAAAAAAUAUAUUUUAUUUUUUGAAAAAUUUAAAGAUAGUUAUAACGCAUUUAAUGAAAAAUUACAAAAUAUGAUUAAUAAUUUAAAUAAGGAAAUAAAAAAAUUGGAGAAAUAUCUUGAAAUGGUUGUAAAAAUAAAAGAAAAAAAUGUUGAUAUAGAAACAAUAAGAAAAGAUCUGCAAAAUUCAAACACUUUCUUGCUAUCUUUAGUUAAAAAAAAAAAUGAUAUGAAUAAUUUAUAUAACGCAAAUACUUAUAUUUUUAAUAAUAAAAUUAAAAUAAAAUCAAAAAGUGAUAUAAUGGAAAUAAAAUAUAAGAUUCCUUCAGAUAAUGAAAUGAUAAAAUAUUUAUCAAUUAAAGAAGAAAUAAAAAAUAAUAUAUUGAUAUUUUAUGUUUUAAUAUUUUAUAUUAAAACUCAUAUUUUUAAUAAGAAAUAUGAAAAAAAGAAAAAUGAAAAAAAAAAAAAAAUAGAAAAUGAGAAUGUUGCCUCUCUUUCUCUAACUUCUAAUAUUAAAGAAUCUAAAUUUAAAAGUACUUCCACUUAUAACACAAAUAGUAAUAAUGAGAAAAAUUCAAAUGAUAAUAAAAUAAAUAUAGAAAGCAAAUUUAAGCAAAUAGAAAAUUAUAUUUAUAAUGUAAGUAUAUUUCAAAAAAUAAAAAAAAUAUAUGAAUUAGAUAUAAAAAAUGAGAAUUCGUUUUUAAAUAAUUUUUUAAUUUUUUUGAAAUUUUCUGAAAAUAUUAAUAAUUUAAUUUUUUCUAAAAAAAAUAUGUAUACAUAUAAAGACAACUUAAUAAAUUUUCAUAUUUAUGAUGAAAAGUACAAUAAUAAAAAAGAAAGGGAAGAAAAUAUAACAAGCAUAAUAAUUUGUGAUAAUGAAAUUUAUAAUAACAAAUCAAAAAUAAAUAAUAAAAAUGAUAGUAAUGACAGCAUUAAUAAUAGUGAUAAUAGUAAAAAAAAAAAUAAUAAUAAUAAAACUAUAUAUUUAGGAAAAAAAAAAUUAUUAGAUAAAGAAAAAAUAAAAACAACAAAUAACAUUGAAAAUAAAAAACCAAAAGAAAAAAUGGACAUUCCUAAAAAUAUAAAAGAAAAAAAUAUAAAAGUUAGUGAAUAUAAACCAAUAGAAUCAAAGGAAGAUAUGGAAAAUUAUAUAAAAAAUGCAAUUAUUAGAAAUUAUUGUAAUUUAAAAUUUUUCUUAUAUACUUGUGUAUACAUUAUUUAUCUUAUAUGUAAAAUUAUAAAGAUUUAUGAUUACAAUAUUUUCAUUGAAGAUGAAAAAUACAAUCAUUUUUUAUUUAUUUCAUAUGACUUAUCCUAUACAAUAUAUAAAAAUUCUAUUUUAAAGGAAAAUAAACUAAAGAAUAAAAUAUAUUUAAAAGAUUUAAAGUUAGACAAAAAAUCAAAGUCUUCUUUUAUAUACCUUCCUAAUCAUAUUCUAUAUAAAAUAGAAUUAACAAAUUUAUUUAAUUUUGAAAAAAAAUUAAUUUCAGAUUUAUAUGAAAAAUAUUUUAAUCAAAUAAAAAGUUUACCACCUAUUGAUGAGAAUAGUAAAAAUUUCAAGAAAUUACAAAACGAAUAUAUGCAUGAUAUAUCUAUAUUAGUUACUUAUUUAAAAGUUUUAUCAAAGAAAAUGGCUUAUCUUAUUUUUAGUUAUGCUUAUAAAUAUCAUGAAGAAUUAAUCAGCGAAAGAAUAAAUAAUAUGCAAACAAAUUUUAAAUUAAAAUUUCAAAAAAUAAGUGAACAAUUUAAAUUAACAAUUGAUGACAAUAUUAUUAUUACAAAAAGAAAAAAGGAAUUAAAAAGUCUCAUGGAAUUAUACCUUUUGUGCAUAAAAAAUAUUUUAGAAAAUCAUUUAUAUUCUCUUUAUGAAAAUUUAUAUAAUAAUUUUAUUUAUUUUGUUUAUUUGUUAAAUUUAUUACCAUCUAACUCUUUUGUUCAAUCGUUUAAUUCUAAAGAAAAUAAUGAAUCUAAUAAAGAUCUUAAAAUAAAAAAUAAAGGAUUAGGAAAUUUUUUAAAAAUAAACUACUUUGAUAAUUCUACUGAAUAUGAUUUAAGUGAUCUUACUAAAAAAAUUAGGAAAGUUUAUGACUUAAAUUAUGAUGAGUACAAAAAUGAAAAUAAAAAAAUAAAUAUAAACAAUAACGCAAAUAAAGAAGUAUUUUAUAUGGAAUAUAUUGCAGAUAAUUCAUAUAUUGUUAAGAAACUAGAAAAAAAAAUAGAGAAAUAUAUGUCAAAAUAUUACACUCAUAUAACUAAAAAUCUAGAUGAAAAAAAAAAGGAAAUUAUAAAAAUGAUUUCAAAUGACAAAAAAUUACAUAGAAAAUAUUAUGAAUAA